AUGGCAGAAGAAGAAGAAGAGAUCUCUGAAGAAGAAGAGGCAGAGGACGAAGAAGAAGAAGCAGAAGUAGAGGAACCUGAGGCUGCUCCGGCUGAAGAAGCAGAAGAUGAAGAAAAGGAACAAGAACAGCCUGAAGAGACGAAGCGUCGACGACCGCCUGAAGAGAAGGAGAAAGAGCCAGCGCAACAAACUGAAGCUGAAUUAGCAAUGCUUGCUGCUAAAAAACGCCAUGAAGAAGAGGAAGCAGCCAAGAUACAAGAUUAUGAAGAAAAAAGAAGAUUGGAAAAGGAAAAAAUAGAUGAGGAAUUACGUGCGCUGAAGGAAAAGCAAGAACAACGACGACGGCAACGCGAGGAAGAAGAAAGAGAAUUUGCGGAAAGAAGACGUCAGGAAGAGGAACGAAGACGCCAAGAAGAAGAAGAAAGCAAAGCACGAAUUGAAGCUGAGAAACGUCGAAGAGAAGAGGAGAAGCGAAAGCGACAAGAGAUGAUGGCUGGUUCAUUUGCUGGAGCCACAACUACAACAGGCGGUGGACGAAACUUUGUUGUUUCAAAGAGUGAAAAAGCUGACAAAUUUGGUAGCUUAGCUGCAAAACAAGAAGUCUCAAAUGAAAGUAGAGAAGAAAGCAAAAAGGCAUUUAUUGCAUCAAUUACCCGCCGUGCAGUAAAUCCAGCCGAUCUUUUGCCGAACGAUCUCAAAGACAAAAUUAAACAAUUACACAGUCGAAUCUGCAAACUUGAAGCCGAAAAAUAUGAUCUGGAAAAACGACAAGAGCGUCAAGAUUAUGAUCUGAAAGAAUUACAUGAGCGUGAACGGCAAGUUGCAAGAAACAAAGCGUUACAAAAGGGCCUUGAUCCGGACGAAGCCGCCGCAUCAGUCCAUCCUCCGAAAGUCAAUGUUGCCUCCAAAUUCGAUCGACAAAUUGAUCGUCGAUCGUAUGGAGAUCGUCGUAAUUUAUAUGAAAAUCCAAUCGUUAAAAAACCCCCGAAAAUAGCUCAUGGUACUGCUCGACCACCACCAGAAUGGGGACGACGUGACAACGAGGAACUUGAACAAUUACGUAAAAACCUUGAACCACCAAAAUAUGUUGAGCAAGUGAAAGCUGAGGGUGAUGCAGCUCGACCGCCCGUCCAGCCUAUUCCUCUUUCGGUUCCCCAAGUCGACGAGGUUGAGGAAGAUGAACAAGCACCACCUCCGGAACCUCCACCUGAGCCUGAACCACAGCCGCCCCCGGCAAAAUCAGCCGCAAAAGAAAAACCAGCGCCAGCACCUCCAACGAAACGAGCUCCGCCACCUGUUAAAGGAAAAGCCUAA